GCGACGUAGUGGGAGGAAAUUACGACUUGAUUACCGCCCGCACUUCCUUGCGCACUUCCGGUUCCCCUUCCUUGUGUGCUAAGAUGGCGGACCGGCGACGACGAAGAAGGCGCGCGUCUCAGGACAGUGAGGAUGAGGACGAGUCUGCGUCCGGGUCGGAGACCGGGAGACCGGCUUCCCCCAGCGGGAAGGUCCGCGCUAGAAUCCCCGAGCCGGGAGAGUCUCCACCCGUGCGCGUUGUUGCGAAAAUCGACGUCGAGUCCGAGUGUGAAAGUGAAGAUGGCGUAGGUGACGCUGUCCUUUCUGACUAUGACAGUGCUGAUCCGGAGGAGAACGGUUCGCACUCGGAGGGAGGAGAGGAGGAUGAGGAGGAGGGUGAACACUUCAGCGAUGGUGGAGAAGCUGCACGGCCAGCCGCAGAGAAGAAAGCAACACCCGAUGCUCCCACUGAAGCCUUGGUUGAGGAGGUGGAGGAAGAAGAAGGGGUAGAGGAAGAAGAAGGGGUAGAGGAAGAAGAGGAGGUGGAGGAAGAAGAGGAGGUGGAGAGAGAAAUGAAAGAAGUAAAAGCUGAUGAAAAGGGCAACUUGGCAGGAGAGAGGCAGAGUGGGGAUGGUCAGGAGAGUACGGAUGAUCCUGAGAAUAAAUCUGCUAGUAAAGCUGGUCAGAAGUUGGAUGAUGAUGAGGACCGGAAGAAUCCAGCAUAUAUUCCCAGAAAGGGCUUGUUUUUUGAGCAUGAUGUGAGAGGCCAGGCUCAGGACGAAGAGAGGCCGAAAGGCAGACAUAGGAAGUUGUGGAAAGAUGAGGGUCGCUGGGAGCAUGAUAAGUUCCGGGAGGAGGAGCAGGCCCCUAAAUCUCGUGAGGAAUUGAUUGCUAUUUAUGGUUACGACAUUCGCAAUGGCAACGGCUCCAGUGACACCAGACCAUUCAAGCCAAGGAAGCCCAGGCACCCUGGCAUGCUAAACCAAGAGUCCAAGCGUUAUAGGGAUGGUGAGAAGCCCCUCCGCUCCUCAUGGCAUGGUGUGGCUCCCAGUGCCCGCAGUGUACCACCUGGUACAAUAACUCCCCAGUUAGGCAUUCCUGUUCCCCCUCGUCCCCAGAAUCGGCCCUCCCCGCAGCCCCCUGCACGCACCUUCCAGGGCAACCGUAGGUCUGAAAUCAGAAGUUAUUCUAAACCCACCACACGCCCCCAGGCUCUCGAGAGUGAGAGGGCACCUAGACUCAGGGGCCGGGUUUCUCAUGGACCUGCUCACCAUAGUCCGCGCAGCCCGCAAGAGGACGAAGAAGAGGAUGGCGAGGUUCCUACUGUAGCCACCACUUACAUUGCCCAUUACUACAAAAGUGAGCAGGAGACAACCUCUUCAUCGCAGCAAAAGGAAGAGUGUGGCGCAAUAGAGGAGCAGCAGUCAAACACACCUGGCACAGUAAGGGAGGUGUCGCCACCUACUGAGCGGCCAGUGGAGAAAAAAUCCUACUCUCUGGGACGCAGAACUCGAGCCAGGCCCUCGGACCUUAGCAAGCAGGCCUCACUGGAAGAAGCUGUGAUCACCCCACAGGUUAUUCCAACUGCUGCCAAGAGUGAAUCAUGGCAGGGACAAGGUGAAACGGGCACGCAGAGUGCCCCAUCAAGGCUUGAUCAGGAUCUGGCUCGUCUCAGUUUAUCUGGGCAAACCUGGACUCAAAGUUCCCCAUCGUUCCUUCGGCCUGAAAUGAGAGGUAUCCCUAGUUCUAUACAUAUGGGAGGUGGACCUCCUCAAUAUGGCAACAUUGAGGACAUGGGUGUUGGUGUUGGACGGGCUAAGCGUUAUUCAUCUCAGAGGCAGAGACCAGUGCCUGAACCAGCACCAAUGCACAUAGGGCUGAUGGAGAGCCACUUUUAUGAGCCCAUGUCAUUCCAGGGACCAAUCUACACACAUGGUGACAGUCCUGCUGCCAUGCCACCACAGGGGCUUCUUGUACAACCAGAGAUGCACCUGCCCCACCCCACACACCCUGGCCUGCAUCCACACCAGUCAGGAGGACCGAUUCCAAACGCUACUCUUUAUGCUGCUCCACCCGUUUCUUUGUCUCCAGGACAACCACCCCCACAGCAACUGCUAGCCCCACCCUUCUAUCCUCCACCUGGAGUCAUGACAUUUAGCAACACCAAUUACCCUUACCCUGCUGGAGCAACACUACCCCCCAUGUACCCCAAUGCACAGGCUCAGUCACAGGUAUAUGGUGGAGUGACAUAUUUUGACACGGUACAGCAGCAGGCUCAACCCAAACCUUCUCCACCACGGCGAACUUCACAGCCAGUUACAGUAAAGCCUCCCCCGCCAGAGGACCAGAGCAGGAAGCCUAGCGAGGAGGUGCGCUCCUAGCUGCUGCUGAAUGACAUAACCAGGACCAGCACCACUUGUGGAUGAAUAGAGUUUUCGCUUUGUUACAUAAAUGCUUUUAUUUUAUUUUAUUUUUUGUAACAUUUUGAUUUUAUUCGUUUCAUCAAGCGUGUUCACACUCAUGAAAGGCCCUCGUUGUGAGUCAUGUUUUGAUUGAAUUUUUCAUCACCUGCUCUGUUUGCUGUGUACUGCUUCACUCUCUCUCCUCAAGGCAUGUAUUAGUUCCUAAAGGAAAUGUACUGUAAAAUAUUCAUGCAGAGGCACAGAAAGGAGUUUCGCUGCUAAUCAUAAUCGUCAUAAUCAUCAUUAAUAAAUGUCACAUGUUGUACUAAUAUUGCAGGCCGUCAUUUUAGAUGAGAAAAGCAGAUAAAUGACAAAAAAAAAAAAAAUUUCACCUAGUGCAGCAUGUUGAAUGUGUUAGAGAAUAAAUAUUGAUCUUGAUGUCUGUCAGAAAUGCAAUACAUACUUUUUGCAAAUUGGACAUGCAUGAAAAUGAUCUGAUAGAAUUUUAACCAGUCACCCAUUUUGAAGAAUGAACAUGAAAGCAGGUCAGAGCCAUACAGGAACAUAUUCGGAUGAUCAUAUACAAUUGAAUUUAAAUAUGCAUGUAACGUUUUCGGUUUAACACUCACAUUCAGCAUUAGAGAGGGCACUUUCUUUGUCCUGGCAGUCUAUGCAUCUUUGGUUUUUCCUCCCUCUAUAUUUGUGUAAAUGUAUAUUAGUAACUAAAACAAGGCAAUAUGUUUUAGCUGUAGUGCAGUUUCUAGACCAGACAGUGAGGGCAAGAAGCAUUGAGCUGUGGCAUGGUAUGAUCCAUUCUAGUGGAUAAACUAAUUGACCAAAAAAAUGCUGCCAUCCCAGCUGUCAGUGCUGACCUACAGAGCUGCAGAUCUAAAGAGCUCCUUGUCUGGGGUAAUGCGAAGCACAUACACACACGAUUGAUGUCGAAAUUUGUGAUGUCGCACAUUUAAAGGGCUGAUAGAAAGGCAGUGAAUUAUACGUAUGACUGUUGUAAUGGCAGGUACAAACAGUUAUUGGAGGUCAUUGCUUUUGUGUUCUAAUUAGUUAUUUUCAACUCUAACCAAACAGUGCUGGUAUUCAAGUGCUCAAGCAGUAUAGUUUCUGUAAAGGUGCUAGUCUCGUGUGUAGUGAAGUGUGAACUCUUCACUUAUCCCCCACAUAAAUGCCACACACCUGAUCUCUGUAUCUUUGACUUUGUUCUGUGUUUAAAUACAAUACUGUAACAACAGUUUCAAGUUAAGGUGAUUUUACUCUGUAAAGAGUGUUCCAUGUGAUGCUCGCUGAACCAUUUAACAGUGCACUUUGUGUUGUGAUGUUCUGGGGGGAAACUCGAAGCCCAGAACUGCUCACUUUGCCUGAAACUGACAUACUUGACAGUGCUACUGCUUGGCUUUUGGCUUACUGAUGGCUUUUUAGUGUAUGUGUAUAUAAAAUAAAUGUAUUAUUGAA